GUCAUUUGUCGGUCGAGAGACGAUAAGGUAGCUCCUUAACGCUCACUCCAGCGCCCUGUUCUGAAGCGCACAUCCACAAGUCGACAAUAAGCUCUUGUGGAAGCAAUUUACAUCUUAUUACUAUUCUUAGAGAUAACAAGUCGCAAGGCACCCUCCCGCGGCCUCGCGCGCCAAAGCGUGUGAACGGCUGAGCGUGGCUGUUCAGGCAGUGGGUCUUGAGCUCGAGCUUGUGAGUCAAGAAUAUUAUAAUGGCAUCAUCGUCGUCGCCUCUCGAGGAGCUGCUCGCAUUUGCGGGAGUCAAGGAUGGCACGAUUAGCAGCCCGCGCCUGGCGCUGGUCGUGCUCGGCGCCGCGCUCGCGGCGUAUGCGCUAGUGUUUGCCGUCAUCAACGUCGUCGACUAUAUCCGUAUCGCCCGCGGUCUGUCGGCCAUACCUUCGGCGCCCGGCGGUGUACCGCUGCUGGGUCAUGUGAUCCCGAUGCUGACUUGCGUGAGCCAAAAUAAAGGCGCCUGGGACAUUAUGGAGGACUGGAUGGACGCCAAGGGUCCCAUCGUGAAGUACAACAUCGCCGGCACACAAGGCGUGGCAGUGCGUGACCCCAAGGCUAUGAAGCGCAUCUUUCAGACGGGGUACAAGCUGUACGAGAAGGACCUCAAGCUCUCCUACCGCCCCUUCCUGCCCAUCCUGGGAACGGGCCUCGUGACUUCGGACGGUGCCCUAUGGCAGAAGCAGCGGAUGCUGAUGGGUCCGGCUCUUCGUGUGGAUGUCCUUGACGACAUCAUCCGAAUUGCCAAGAAGGCUAUUGACCGCCUCUGUGAGAAGCUCAGCCACCACGCGGGCAAGGGCGACAUCGUGGACAUUGAGGAGGAGUUCCGCCUGCUCACUCUACAGGUUAUUGGCGAGGCUGUACUGAGCUUGGGCCCGGAGGAGUGCGACCGGGUGUUUCCCCAGCUGUACCUGCCCGUCAUGAACGAGGCCAACCGCCGCGUGCUGCGCCCCUACCGCAUGUACCUGCCCACGCCCGAGUGGUUCCGCUUCAGCAGCCGCAUGGGCCAGCUCAACGGCUUCCUCAUUGACCUCUUCCGCCGCCGCUGGCAGGCGCGCCAGGCCGCCGCCGCCGCCGCGCAGGGCGAGGGCAGCAGCAGCAGCAAGCCCAAGCCCGCGGACAUCCUGGACCGCAUCAUGGAGGCCAUUGAGGAGUCGGGCGCCAAGUGGGACGCGGCCCUGGAGACGCAGCUGUGCUACGAGGUGAAGACCUUCCUGCUGGCGGGCCACGAGACGUCCGCGGCCAUGCUCACGUGGAGCACCCUGGAGCUGGCGGCGCACAGCCAGGCGGCGGACAAGGUGGUGGAGGAGGCGCGGGCCGCGUUCGGCCCCCGCGGCGAGUCGGAGGCGGGCCGGCGUGCGGUGGAUGAGAUGAUCUACACCCUGGCCGUACUCAAGGAGGCGCUCCGAAAGUACAGUGUGGUGCCUGUGGUCACCCGCGUGCUGGCCGAGGACGACCCCCAGGGCCUGCUGGGCUACCCGCUGCCGCGCGGCACCAUGGUGGCCUGCCACCUGCAGGGCACGCACCGGCUGUACGAGAGCCCGGACGAGUUCCGGCCCGACCGCUUCAUGCCGGGUGGCGAGUACGACCAGUUCGAUGACGCCGACCGCGCCUACAUGUUCCUGCCCUUCAUCCAGGGCCCUCGCAACUGCCUGGGUCAGCACCUGGCGCUGCUGGAGGCGCGUGUGGUGCUGGGGCUGCUGCACGCCCGCUUCAGCUUCAAGCCGGCGCCCAGCGUGCACCCCGACCCAGCCUCGCUGUUCAUGCGCCACCCCACCGUCAUCCCGGUGGGGCCCAUCCGCGGCCUUAAGGUGCUGGUGGAGCAGCGCAAGUAGAGGCGGAGGCACGGAGGCAGCGGCUGGCGGUAGGCGGCUGGUGGGUAGCCGGCGGGCGGCCGGAGGAGUGCACCUAGUGCUGGGUUCGUUCAUGUGAGGCCGAGGCAAUGGCGAGAGGCCGCGGUACUGCUGGCAGGAGAGAGCCAACACACGUAGGGUGCAUGGAAAUGGUUAUUGGGCUUGUGGAGACCUGGUAGGUAUUUUCGGGCACAGGGCGGGCACAGGUAGCGCGAGGCCGGAUGGACGUGGCAGGGAAGGGGCAAAUAGGCGCGCAGCGGGCAGCGUGGGUACGGGAUGCUUGAGGUGUGGGGGGUGCGGGGAGGAUUCUAAGGUAACUGGGCAGUCGGCGUGCUGCAGGAGGGCCGUGUGAGCGACGUAUCGUGCGUGCGGCCAUAGCCUCAUUGUUGUGGUCGGGCGGGGGCGCUCCCUCGAUGCGGGAAUGCGUGGGUGUGCCGUUCAAGUGCGGGUGUUACGUAUCACAAUUUUGUAUACCGUACGGUACGAGAUUGGAGGUUGAGUCACACAGCUUGAUUGGCGUUGUAAGGGCCGCCCCGGCCCGGGCCUCUAGUUCUCGAGUUGCAGGAAGACACGCGGCACACAAGCACCUGCGGUGCUGCCUUGUAACGACACACUCGU